AAAUAAAACUUCUCCUUUAUAAACCUCGCUCUUUUCCACUCUACUCUCCAAUCAGAGAAAUUUGCUUCACUGCCUUGCAAAUAUCAGAUAUUCUCUUUAAUUCUUCUUUUUCAAACGCUCUGUUUUUGUUCUGAGUUUUGUUUUCUGAUUGGUUGAAAGAUGGCCGGAAAAGGUGAAGGACCAGCAAUUGGAAUUGACUUGGGUACGACUUACUCUUGUGUGGGUGUAUGGCAACAUGAUCGUGUGGAGAUCAUAGCGAAUGAUCAAGGGAACAGGACGACGCCGUCUUAUGUUGGUUUUACUGAUACUGAACGGUUGAUUGGUGAUGCUGCUAAGAAUCAGGUCGCUAUGAACCCCAUUAACACUGUCUUCGAUGCUAAGCGAUUGAUUGGGAGGAGAUUCAGCGAUCCUUCUGUGCAGAGUGAUAUGAAAUUAUGGCCUUUUAAGGUAAUAGCUGGGCCUGGUGACAAGCCAAUGAUUGUUGUAACCUACAAGGGUGAAGAGAAGCAGUUUUCAGCUGAGGAAAUCUCGUCUAUGGUACUCACCAAGAUGAAGGAGAUCGCUGAGGCUUACCUUGGAACUACAAUCAAGAAUGCAGUUGUCACAGUCCCUGCUUACUUCAAUGACUCGCAGCGACAAGCAACUAAGGAUGCUGGUGUCAUUUCUGGCCUUAAUGUGAUGCGUAUAAUCAACGAACCUACAGCAGCUGCAAUUGCUUAUGGACUUGACAAGAAGGCUAGCAGUGCUGGUGAAAAGAAUGUGCUUAUUUUUGACCUAGGUGGUGGUACUUUUGAUGUGUCUCUUCUUACAAUAGAAGAGGGUAUCUUUGAGGUUAAAGCUACUGCUGGUGAUACACAUUUGGGAGGUGAGGAUUUUGAUAACAGAAUGGUGAACCAUUUCGUUCAGGAGUUCAAAAGGAAGCAUAAGAAGGAUAUUAGUGGAAACCCGAGAGCGUUGAGGAGGUUAAGGACUGCUUGUGAGAGGGCAAAGAGGACACUGUCAUCGACUGCACAGACCACAAUUGAGAUUGAUUCCUUGUAUGAAGGCAUUGAUUUUUACUCGACUAUUACUAGGGCGAGAUUCGAGGAGCUGAACAUGGAUUUGUUCAGGAAGUGUAUGGAGCCAGUGGAGAAGUGUUUGAGGGAUGCCAAGAUGGAUAAGAGCAGUGUUCAUGAUGUGGUUCUAGUCGGUGGAUCAACUAGGAUCCCCAAAGUUCAGCAAUUACUUCAAGAUUUCUUCAAUGGUAAGGAGCUUUGUAAAAGCAUCAACCCCGACGAAGCAGUUGCCUAUGGUGCAGCUGUCCAAGCUGCAAUCUUGAGCGGUGAAGGCAACGAAAAAGUUCAAGACUUGUUGCUGUUGGAUGUAACUCCUCUGUCUCUUGGUCUAGAGACUGCUGGAGGUGUAAUGACUGUGUUGAUUCCAAGAAACACAACCAUUCCCACAAAGAAAGAGCAAGUGUUCUCUACAUACUCGGACAACCAACCCGGUGUUUUGAUCCAGGUGUACGAGGGAGAACGAGCGAGGACCAAGGACAAUAACCUGUUAGGCAAGUUUGAACUCAGUGGCAUUCCUCCUGCUCCAAGGGGUGUUCCUCAAAUCAAUGUCUGCUUUGACAUUGAUGCCAAUGGCAUUCUCAAUGUUUCUGCUGAGGACAAAACUACUGGACAGAAGAACAAGAUAACCAUCACCAACGACAAGGGUCGACUCUCCAAGGAAGAGAUUGAGAGAAUGGUGCAAGAAGCUGAGAAGUACAAGUCUGAAGAUGAAGAGCUCAAGAAAAAGGUGGAAGCUAAGAAUGCAUUGGAGAACUACGCUUACAACAUGAGGAACACAAUCAAAGAUGACAAGAUUAGCUCCCAACUUCCUGCUGCUGAUAAGAAGAAGAUUGAGGAUGCAAUUGAUGAAGCUAUCAAGUGGCUGGACAGCAACCAACUUGCAGAGGUGGAUGAACUUGAAGACAAGAUGAAGGAGCUGGAAGGCAUCUGCAAUCCAAUCAUUGCUAAGAUGUAUCAAGGCGGCGCUGGUGGAGCUACUAUGGAUGAAGAUGGUCCUUCUGUUGGUGGCGGAGCUGGUAGUGGAAGUGGUGCUGGACCAAAGAUUGAAGAAGUGGAUUAAUAGUUUUUUUGAGAAUCUGUUUAUCUGUUUUUUGUUGAGUUUUUCGUGAGAGUUACUAGUUAAGCUUUCUUUAAAUGGACGCUGUUCACCUUUUUGUUGUUAAGAUGUGCAAUUUCAUAUAGAAAUCAAAGAAAGCUCCAAUUGUUUUCCUACAAA